AUGAUUAGUGAAGUCAAAUGUCCAGAUAGGAAGAAAGCUGAGACACAUGAGAAUAUUAAGGACGAAGCAGUGAGGUUUUUCUCAGCAUUCCUAAACAAUAAACCAGAUAAUUAUGUUGGUGCUACUGAGGCUGAAUUCGGUAACCUGAUCAAGUUCAGAUGCACAAUAGAAGAAAGUGGUACUUUAACUAAGGAGGUUUCAGCGGAGGAGAUAAAAUCGGCUCAAGGUGCUUUUCCACGAAUAAAUGAGAAUCAAUCAGCAUUCAUCAAAGGGAGACUAUUGAUGGAAAAUGUUCUCUUGGAAACUGAGCUGAUUAAGGAUUAUCACAAAACUGAUAUCAGUCCGAGAUGUGCUAUGAAAAUUGACAUUUCGAAAGCUUUCGACUCUGUACAAUGGGAUUUUGUUCUCAAAAUUUUAGAAGUCACGGAAUUCCCACCUGCUUUCAUUCACUGGAUCAGAUUAUGUAGACUAUCACCUGAGUAUAAGUCUUCCUUCUCAAUGCAUGUCAAUGGGGAGUUAGCAGGGUACUUUCAGAGUGGACGGGGAUUGCGUCAAGGAUUCUCUCUCACCAUAUCUGUUUGUGAUUUGUAUGAAAGUUAUGACAUGAUGGUCUUUGUAGAAGUUACAAAACAAUCCAUUGAGGGUGUCAUUUCAGUCUUCGACGAGUUCACUACUUGGUCUGGUCUGAGUAUAAGCCUUGAGAAAUCGACAGUAUAUAUCGCCGGUGUUCCUGAGCAUGUUUGA